AUGGCGUUUCAUCUUCCUUCUAUUUAUCUGGAACGUCGUUGUGUUCGUCCAUUCUCAGAACGUUUCAUUACGUAUAACUGUGAUAUUAAGAUAGAAGCCGCUGAGGGAUUGAUUUUACGUAUAUCUGUGGUAUUCAUGGAUACAGCAAAAAGCAUAACAGCGAAGAAACUUAUUCGCCUCAUCGGAAUCAGAUCAAGAUAUAUAAGUUUGAACUGCGGGCUUCCAGAAGGAUCGACUUCCCUUGAUGAAAUAGGCUACACUUACACUUCAGAUCAAGCCUACAUCGCGUCCGGGGAAAUAAAAGAAGUGGCCACUCAAUUCGCAAGCAGUCCAGUAAUGUACCAUACGUUAAGGUCCUUCCCAAAUUACAGAAGGAACUGCUACACCUUGACACCGGUGACUCAGGGGAAGAAGUACCUGAUUCGAGCUUCUUUCAUGUAUGGCAACUACGACGGCCAGAACCUGCUGCCCACCUUCGACCUCUACCUGGGAGCCGAACCGUGGGACACGGUGAAGCUGGAUAACGCAAGUCACAUUCUGUGGACUGAGAUUAUCGCCGCGGCACAGUCGUCGAACAUAAGCGUGUGCCUCGUGAAAACUGCCGGAGUCAAUCCUUUCAUCUCCGGCCUGGAGCUUCGUCCUGCUGAUGACAUCUAUAAUAAUACCCAAUGGCCUAGUUGGCUCAAAACCUACAUGAGGAUUAAUGCUGGUUCAAAUGGACCAUCCAGGUUUAAAGAUGACACGGCCGAUCGCACAUGGACUUCAGAUUACGGCGGGUAUGGACUUCCCGUCAACACCACUACUAGAAUAGAGAGCACUGGCUUGUUCCGGGUACCAUCCAUGGUCCUCCAAACUGCCGAAUACUCGAAGAGCGGCAUUAAUAUCCGUUGGAAACAAGCAGCAAAGGGAGAGGAAUACCUUUUCGUCCUUUAUUUUGCAGGGAUAGUGCUAAACCGACAAGAUAACCUGACCCUAACUAUAAACGAGCAACAACCACCCUUUCCUUUUGAUGUUCCUUACAUGGACUCAAAUCCAGUUUUCUCAAAUACGCCAUUCGAUUUUGAAGAUUAUUUGAUCACUCUCGCCGGAGCAAAUCUUACGAGUGUCCCUAUCAUCAAUGCAUUUGAAGUCUACAAGGUGUACGAACCCGCUGGUGGGGCAACUUAUGGCCAAGACGUUGAAGCGAUCACUGGAAUAAGAGAUUACUACAAAAUCAAGAAAAACUGGGCCUCUGAUCCUUGUCUUCCCGAGCUGUAUCCAUGGGAAGGCGUCAACUGCAGCUAUGGGAAUCCGAAGUCGCCAACAAUCACUGGCUUGGAUCUUUCCAACAGUGAACUACAGGGCUCAAUAUCCACUGAGUUUGAAAAGUUAAUAUCUAUUCAAUCACUGAACUUGUCAGGGAAUCACUUGAAUGGUUCAAUACCAGAAUUCCUUGGAACAAUGAAAAGUCUGCGGACGCUAUUGAUUAAAAAAAACCCCAUGUACAGGCUGAAAAACAUUCGCCUGGAUUGUCAUGGCCCUGACCCUGACCCUGUCCCCAAGUUGGUGAUCGCCAUUUGUGUUCCUGUAGCCGUCGUCCUCAUAAUUAUAGCGAUCAUCUGUAUUGUCCUUUUCAAGAGAAGGCAUCGACACACUAAUAUACCGGCGCCACGUCCAACACCAGUAGUUCCGGUUGUGCCACCUUCGCCAAUACCAGUACCAGAAGUUCCGAAUGCGCCUCCUCCAGCACCAGUACCAACAGUUCCAGUUGCGCCACCUCCUCCAGUUCCAGGACACGAGAACAGGUUCAGCUACAGUGACAUUGUGCAGAUCACCAAUAACUUUCGAACUGAGAUAGGUAAAGGAGGGUCUGGAACUGUUUAUCUUGGACAACUGAGCCAUGGCCGUCAAGUGGCAGUCAAGAAAGUUACAAGAACAGAGGCGUUAAGAAGCAGGGAAUUUUCUGCAGAGAUUGCUGCAUUGACACAAGUUCAUCAUAGAAGUUUGGUGUCCUUCGGUGGAUUCUGUGAGGAAGGGGACAAUAUGAUGCUCGUAUAUGAAUAUAUGGCUGGAGGAAACCUGAGGGAGCUAUUGUCAGAUAAGACGGAUAACAAAUCUAUGUUCUUAACUUGGGAUAAGCGACUCCAAAUGGCAAUAAGUGUUGCUACAGGUCUUGAUUAUUUGCAUGCUGGUUGCAAUCCGCCAAUAAUUCACAGGGAUGUGAAAACAAGCAAUAUUCUUUUGGAUGGAAACAUGGAAGCAAGGCUGGCAGAUUUUGGAUUGUCUAGAGCCAUUUAUGCUGAAAAUGAACCUGUAUCCACUCUUGUUAUGGGUACAACAGGAUACAUAGACCCAGAGUAUUACCGCACGGGAAAACUAACAACAAAGAGUGAUGUUUUCAGCUUCGGUGUAGUUCUUUUUGAGCUCAUAACUGGUCGUCCUGCUUUCUUCUCUGAAAAUGGAAUACCAACUAGCGUUGUCCAAUGGGCAAAAACAACUAUACAAUAUGGAGAUUUUCAUAGGAUCAUCGAUCCUAGACUUAGAGGACAGUAUGACGCCGACUCCAUAUGGAGUGUUAUAGAACUUGCUAUUGCAAGUUUGCAGGAGUCAGGCGAUAGGAGGCCUACAAUGCAUAAGAUUGUUACUAAACUGGCAGCAGUUAAAAAUAAAGAGAAACGUCUACUUGGAAUUGGAACUCCUACUGCUGGAGAGGGAUCGACGCCAUCUGAAUUUUUAAUGGACUCUACCACAUAUGUGGAAAUAGAAACUGCGCCUAAGCCACGGUAGUAGAAAAUGGCAUGUGGUCACUAAGCCUACAAUCAGAUUAGUUUCUGCUGAAAAAGCAUGGUACUUCUAGAACAGACUUCACUCUGCUGUGUAUGGUAAAAAGCUCUGUUACAGGCUCGGUUUUACCAUUUGAUUCCUUCUUUUGCUUUUGCAUGUUAUGUUUAUCUACAGCAGUGCAGGUGAAAUAAGAGGAUUGUGUAAGGAUGUGCAUGGAGAACUAGAGGAGAGUCUCUGUUUUCUUCAGUUUAUACUUCGAUACAGGGUUGGAGUUGGAGCAUAUAUGAAACAUAGACUAUUAAAAUGAUACUUGUGAAAGGAUUUCGUUUCUGAUGGUGUUGAGCAUGGAUGGGUUUGUACGCGUUCUUCUGUAUACUUAAUAAGCUCUUGGAAAUACUUCUUUUUGCCGUAUUGAAUGUACUGGUCUUUUGUUUCUGUGGGGUGUUUUCCUCAUUGUAUGUUUACUGUUGGCC